AACGCCACAGCACCGAAACACUUAAUUUCAACACACUCGAAAAAUGUUUUUAUAUUACAUAUUAUUAUUAUUAUUAUAUUAGAUUGUAUGUUGUACUGUACGUUAUUAAGAAAACUUUGUAAGAAAUAAUUUUCACGUGAAUUCCAAUUAAAAAAUAAUCUGGCAACUCGUUCUACGUGAAGAGUUCUACUUGAAUUUGUUCCAUGAAAGAAAAAAAUAGAACAUUGUGAAUUUUUAUCUUUAAGUGACUUUCAUCAUUUAAUAACAGAAAAUACGAAUUAUUUUAAAUUGUCGUGACAAAAUGUCGUAUUUUAUGACGAUUUAUUUUAUCUUAUUCUUCUGUUUAACCGGUUUUAAUGAUAAAAUGGAAGCGUCCGUUCCUCGAAGGUAUCCCGUUCCAUUUCUUAAGAACUAUGAAAUUCUGUAUCUUUCCAGAUCUAAGAACGAAAGCAACAUUAAAACAGGAAGACAGAUGAUGACAUUCAGAAGAGAGCGUAGUUUAAAUAAGAAGAAAGUAAAUUUAGAAUUUUUUGCCUUCCGUCGCCAUUUUCGUAUUGUCGCAGAACCAUCAAUGGAGGAUGUGGUGGCUGUGGACACAUUAGUACAAUUUUACGAUGCAAACAGCAGUGAAAUAUCAAAACUAAAUGAUCUUGGAGUUGAAGUGUACAAGGGUGUACUAAUAGAUGUUCCUCAAUCAUUUGUAAUUGGAUAUUUUAACAAUGGAAUCUUUCAGAGUGUCAUUCAAUGGCAAGAAAUAUUAUAUAAUAUUGAACCCGCAUCAAAUUAUAUUAACGAUCAAGUAAAUUUUGAUGCUGUUAUCUAUAGAGAUUCGGAUAUAAUUGCUGAUGAAAGUAAUUACUUAAAAUGUAAUAAUUUGGAAAGAAUUAAGAGGCAUAUAAUUAACAGUAAAUCUUCAUUUCGUAAUUGGAGAAACAGAAACGACAGGAAUAAUUUUAGUUUUACUAAAAAAGUUUGUACGAUAGAAAUGGUUAUUGAUCCUACAUUAUAUAAUGUUGAUGGAAAUUCCAUCAAUUAUUUGUUACACGAAAUGAGCGCUUAUGUACAGUUUGCAGAUAAGAUUUUUCGUAAUGCAGACUUCAACAGAAAUUCUUUACCAGAUAAUAUUGGCCUUCAGUUGAAAAAGAUUACAGUUUUUAAGGACUGGAAAAACGAAAAUUACCCUUUCAAAGCUACAGUUAUGCAAAAAUAUGCGAGAGCUUCAACUUUGUUACAAGAAACUGGAAAUUAUCAGAAUGAGUUUUGUUUAGUACACUUUUUUGUUCAUUGUUUCUUCAAACAUUUCAGAGGAGGGAUAGCACGAAUAGGAUCGAUAAGUGGAAAUGGCAUUUGUAUGAAUUCCAAAGUAGAUAAUAUCUCUAGAAAUACUGGAAUUACUUCGACUAAAAUCGGUGCUAGAAUGAGACCCCGUUUAGAAAUCGCAUUGUCAUUCGCUCAUGGUAUAGGGCAUGGUUUCGGUGCAUUUCACGAUUACAAUACGAAUUCGAAUAUUUCUAAGAAUACAGAGACAUUCCUUAUGCACAAUAUUAUUAAUCCAAAUUCAAAAACUAAAAUAUUUUUAUCUAAUUAUAGUAUAGAGUCUAUAUCAUCGUUGAUUCAUAGAAGAGGUGCUUGGUGUUUGAGUAAGCUAGAAAUACCAAAAUGUGGAAAUGGUAUCACUGAAUCAGGAGAAGAAUGCGACUGUGGCCCGAAAGAGAACUGCGAUAAUGUGGAUCCUAAUUGUGCUCCUGAAGGAAGUGUGAAUGAUAUACCUUGCUUCAUAAGAAGAAGCCAAAAUAAAAGUUGUAGCUCCAGAGAAUCGCCUUGUUGUACUCUGGAUGGGCAAAUAAUAUCAAGAGAGGAGUAUAAAAUAUGCACUUCUCAUUUGGAGCAAUGCUUAGAUGUAGUUUAUUGUGAUGGAUGGUCGCCCGAAUGCGAAAGAAGAACUUUAAUAUCGAAUGGCGAAUAUUGUGCUGGCUAUUCACGAACUUGUCUUAAUGGAAUUUGUAAUGCAAGUGUUUGUUAUCAUCGUUUUCACUUGGAAGAAUGCGAAUGUAGAUCUAAUCCGUGCGAUAUCUGCUGCUUAAAGGAUAAGAAAUGUCAGUCUCUUACACAGUUACGAGUAGGAGUUGCUGAAAAUAUUCUCUUUAGGAAACAUCUUGGAGAGUUUUGUCUGGAUGGGAGCGGAUAUUGUAAUCAUGAUUCGGAAUGUAUACUUUUCAAGCCAAAAUAUCAUCCAUUUGAUGUCAUAGAAAAUUAUCUCUCUCUAAUUUUCUUCGUCAUUCUUCUCUUGUUAGUUUUAAUUUGUUUAAUUAUAUUAGGAGUAAUUAGUGUUAGACGUUAUUUGAAGAUUCGUUUAGUGAAGAAUUUUCAAAAUUUGCUGAAAACAUUUGAAAAUAAUUUUCGUGAAGACUUAAAUUUAUUAGAAGAACGCAAUAGAAAGAAAUUUUUACGUCUAGCUGUAUUAUUCCCGACAUUAUCUCUUCAAAAUAUCUCAAAUAUGCUGAAGAAAUUUGACGACGAGCAUAUUAUAGCUGUGGAAAUAAUAUUAAAUGGGAUACCAAUAAGAAAUAACUUUUCUAAAAAUCUAGAAAUCCCAAGUAGAAAACCUUACAAAGUUUUAAAAACAUUAAAAUCUGAUUCUGAUUUAAUUCCAUCAUCAAAAGUUACACUGACUGAAACUCUUGAUAAAGAGAUUGAUUCCAUUCGUAUUAUUUCUCCGAAGUCUGAUGAUUCCGAAAUUGUAAUUGAUACUGAUGAAAUCAAACAUGAAUCAAGAUACGAUAAAUUUAAAAAUAUUUUAAAAGAGAAAACAAGCAAAGUAAAAAACAUUAUGAAAACCAAACCUUACAAAAUUCCAAAAUCACACGAACCAUCUAUUUUUAAAAGAUUAUUUGCUUCAAGAAAGAUUGUCCCCGGGAAAAUGGAAUCUGAAGAGUCUUUACCAUCAUUAUCGCAUCUUAAAGUAACAGAAGAAACAAAAUUUCCAGAAGAAGAUGAUAACGAAAAGUCUCUAUCACCAAUUGUAGAAUAUGAAGAAUCUAUAUUUAAAGAAGAAUUACCAUCAAAAUUAUCCAAAGAUAUUUCAGAAAUUAUUCCUGAGAAAGCAGUUUCAGACGCAUAUGAAGAAGAGCAACGACAGAAAUAUAUAGAUAGAGUUUCUGAAAUUUUAUCACCUGAUAUUAAAGUUACACCUCAAAGAUCUAAAGAAGUGUUUACAGUUAAAGAUGAAGUAAAAAAUGAAGAAAUUAAAUCUGCAACUGAGCCAUUAGAACAUGAAGAACUUGGCACAAAAAUGACACGAGAGGAGCUUGAACAGGAUAAAACGAUCAGCGAAGAAUCUAAAACGAUAUCGUUUAUACCUAAAGAAAUUUUACCAGAAGACGAGGAAAGCCAGAAACCUGAAAUUAUUAAAAUUAAACCUACUGGAAAAAGUAUAAUUAAAAGAUUGUUUUCUAGCGAUACGUUUGAACCAUCGUCUGCUGAAGUAACAGAUGAAGAAAUUUCCCCUGAUAAAACUAGAACUACACCGAGUACAUCUGCUGAGCAAGAACGAUUAAUAUCACUUUCAGAAAUCCCUGCAACAAGUAAAGAUUAUUUACAAAAAAAGCCUGUUGAAAAAAUUUCGAAACGAAAAUCUGAAGACAAAGAAAAAAGAGAAUUUCCUUUUUUUCGAAAGCGAAAAGUUUUAUUGAAAAGCAGUGAGACUCCUUCAUUUGAAGAUGCCACAAAAGUUAAAAGAAAGGGCAUUAUCGAUUACAUUCCAAAAUUUUUACAAUAUUAUGUAGCUCCCAAAAGAAAGGGAAAAGUAGUCUUUCCGGAUGAGAGUAAAUCAUCUACUGAAACAUACAAUGAAAUCAUAUCUAAAAUAGAUAAAGAAUCUGAUUUAACACCAAUCAUUCCUGUAUCACCGAUGAUAAAAUCUGAACUUGAAGUUACUGAAAUAGAUGAACUCCAAAAGCCUGAAGAUAAAAUUACAAAACCUGAUAAAUAUUUCUCUGAUAUAAGCAGCCUUGAGCCGGAUAAAGAAAGACGAUUAAAAGUUACUAAAUUUAAGAAAGGAAUUCCAUCUGAUACAAUAGCAUUUCCCGAAAAAAUUAGUGAGCCUGCCAAAAAAGUUAAAUUCGAAGAUAAGAAGUACUCUCCUCAGGAUGUUCGAGAAAUUAAAUCCCGAUACAAAAGAUCCAGGCGUGAUAAAGAUUCAUCAGAAUCAUUGCACAAACGAACUAUUCGAAGAAGAAGAAGUAUAUCUGAAAAACCAUCAGAAGAUAAACGAAAACAAUAUAAGAAGAGACGUACAGAUAUACAAUUAUGGGAUACAUCAGAUGAAACUGAAGAGGAAGAGGCAAUUUCUGAAAAACAGAAAGAUGUACUUCCGCCCAUAACUCGUAAAUCUAAAGUAAAACUCUAUAAAUUUAGAGGGUGGCCCAUACCUUCAUCGUCAAGCGGAUCAGACGAACAGUUUGAAUCAUCAUUGUUCGGACCUAAAAGUUUCAUUCGGACAAUUACUGAACCUUUCAGCAAUGGAGUACCUGUAAUAUCCGAUGAUUCCCUAGAAACUGUUAAAAUCAUCUCUGAUAAAAUAAGCAAACCUGUGAUAAGUGAACCUAAAACACCCUUAAAUGUCAUCGUUGAUAUUCCAGUUUCAACACAAAUGUCCGAACCUUCAACUUCUACAGGGAUUAGUGAAGAUAGGUCUGUAGAUUCACGUGUAACACUCAAAAAGAAGAAAAUACCAAAAUACAGAUCCCAAAUUAGACAGAAACAAUAUUCUAGAAGACUUUCACCAAGACCAUUAUCUCCAAGAAGUACGUCAUCCAGAGAAAGAAAAGAAAAAUUAAAGGUAAAACCAAAGAGAAAGAUGAAACGUCGUUAUGCAAAGCCGAAACAAAGAAACUGGUCGAAACUGUAAUAUGAGGAAAUUUCUAAAACACUUUUAUAUUAGUAAAUAGAUGCUUAAUGAAUAAAAACACUCACAAACCUGACGAUUAUUCUAGAUAUCAAUUUUGUAAUACAUUUAAGUAAUAAUUUAUAUAGAAAUCAAAUAUAAAUUCACAUUCAAAUAAGUGUUAUUGUAUAAACAAAUAAUUGUUAUUGUAUAAACAAACAAUU